ACGCGUCAAUUUCUGAAUAUACAAAAAUUAAAUCGAAAUAGAAAAUAAAAUAAAAGCUAUCACCGCUAUAUAAAUCGCACAACUGGCUCCAUCUUUCUGGUGUGUCUUCGAAAAAAAACACAAAAUCAGAAAAGAAAAAAUUACAAAAUCCCGUGGUCACAUCUUCUCGCCCGAUCUCCAUAUCCCCCGUUCAUCCUUCUUCUUCUUCUUCACCCUGCCUUCGUUCUCGUUCUGUCCUUUCCGUUUCCUGCUCUCUCUAUUCUGUUUUCCCCUCUGUUCUCGCUUCUCUCUCUCAACCUUCCGAGUCACUCGCUCUUUCCUGACUCGCUGAGCCAUCAAUCACACCUCACCCCCGUCCCUUGCUCCGCUCUUUCUCAGUCUCUUUUGCGUUCCUUCUUAGCUUCCUCUCAGGGGGACCAGGACCGUAUCCUGAAUCGCCAUUUUUCUCGCCACCCCCGAUUUUAUCUUCUCCUUUCCGACGGUGAAAGAAAGUUUCCGUGACGAAAAUUAGGUUUUACGGAUCGACGAUGGGGUUGCAGGAGGAGAUUGUUCCGUAUGUGAACGGAGGCGGCGGCGGAGGACCGUACAACGACAAGGAGGAAGUGGAAGACACGGUGAUGGACGUCUCCGCUGCGCUAGGGAUUGGAUUUCCUCUUCAGAGGAAACACGUUAUUGUCGGUUACGCCCUUACCUCCAAAAAGAUUAAGAGCUUUUUGCAGCCUAAGCUCGAAGGUUUAGCUAGGAACAAAGGGAUCUUGUUUGUUGCAAUUGAUCAAAGCAGGCCACUUUCAGAUCAGGGACCGUUUGACAUUGUGCUGCACAAGCUUACUGGGAAGGAAUGGCGCCAGAUUCUUGAGGACUACAGAAAAACACAUCCAGAAGUAACAGUUCUUGAUCCUCCUGAUGCGAUACAACAUUUGCACAACCGCCAGUCCAUGCUUCAGUGUGUUGCAGACAUGAAUUUAUCCACUUCCUAUGGAAAAGUUGAUGUUCCAAGGCAAUUGGUUAUUAAGAAGGAUGCCUCAUCUAUUCCUGAUGCAGUUACAAAAGCUGGCCUAACGCUUCCGUUAGUGAUAUUUGCUCCAGUUGCAAAACCAUUGGUUGCUGAUGGGAGUGCAAAAUCACAUGAAUUGUCCCUUGCUUAUGAUCAGUACUCGCUUCGGAAGCUUGAACCUCCACUUGUUCUUCAGGAGUUCAUUAACCAUGGAGGCGUACUUUUCAAAGUCUACAUUGUUGGGGAAGCCAUAAAGGUUGUAAGGCGGUUCUCUUUGCCCGAUGUCUGUAAAAGAGAGCUUGCCAACAAUGCUGGUGUUUGCCGGUUUCCUCGUGUUUCCUGUGCUGCAGCUUCUGCUGAUGAUGCUGAUCUAGAUCCUGUUAUUGCUGAGCUUCCACCGCGACCUUUGCUUGAGAAACUUGGAAAGGAACUUCGUCGUCGACUGGGACUUAGGCUUUUCAAUUUGGAUAUAAUACGGGAGCAUGGAACUGGAGACCAGUUCUAUGUCAUCGACAUUAACUACUUCCCAGGUUAUGGGAAAGUGCCGGAAUACGAGCACAUAUUUACAGAUUUCCUUUUAGGCCUUGCUCAGAGUAAAUACAAGAAGAGACCUUACCAAUGAACGUCGCGUCCUUUCUUCCCUCCGCCCCAAAAAAAAGAAGAAAAAGAAAAAAAAGAAGGAAACAGUUGUGUGACACUGUGGCAAAAGAGAAGAAUGGGACUCGAGAACUUGCAAGCCGAAGAAGAAGAAGGCCGAUGCAUCAGCUUUUUAGUUCGCUGUCCUAAUUGCUCGUGCUGCAGCUUGAAGGCGGACCAGUCAUUUCAAACCCAUGCACAAGGAGGAAUGAUCCAAACCCUUCCAGCUCUCUGUAAAUUAUGGACCGGUUGAUUGCUGCCGCAGCACAGCAAGAAAGGGUUCAGCAUCAAUUCACUAUCUUCCUUCACGUAGUCGACAGUCGGAUUUGGUGUUUGUGCAAAGCUCUGCUAUGAGGCAUUGGUGAAUCAAAAAGAAGUUACCAGCCAGCUUCGUAGAUCUCUUGUAUAGGCGUUUGUUUGGUGUUCGCCUGACCUAUUCCCCCACGGGUUCCUUAGAAUAAUUUUUAUCAAGUUCCAUGUACAUUCUUUUCUUCCUAUUCCAUGGUAGAAUAAUAUGAACUCUCUCCUCACUUCACUGGAAAAGGAUUCAUUACGUUUAUGUUCUUCAUUCUUUUGCAUUGUUCUAGCAAUCUAUUUCAAUUUAAGCUUACUACCUACCGCAAACAAAAGUUAUACUGCUUGCUUUCCCUUCUCGUUCUCCUUACCCUCAUUAAUUUAUAAAGAGGCAAAACGUCGAACAGUUGGUCUGCCACAUUGCCUAAUCCUUCUACCAGUUAGUGUUCUAUUGUGCAGUAAACUCCAUUACCAUCAUACCAUAAUCAGAAGCGGAAAACGAGUGCGACAUUUCCAAUGUAAUCAAGGGACGGAAAACAAGAGUACAUAAAGGCAGAGCAGCAAACAGACCAUCCGAGUUACAAUCAAAACGCAAGACAACAGCACGAAGAAGGAACCACCAACUUGAAACUGAUCCCUGUAACUAAGGAGCAGAAAGCAAAGGAGCCUCAACGGCAGUACCGCCAUCAGCAUCACCGCCAUCGGCAGGGGAUUCCGCGGCGGAAACCAGAGUCCAGUCGGGAGGAAGCUCCGGAAGUGGCGCGUAAACGGUGGGCUUUCGCCUGAUAUCCCACGGCUGACUCUUCCUCGGCCUCGUCUUCAUAUGAUGAGCCGUCGCUUUCUUCGUCGGCCUCGAAGAGGAUUCAAUCACCAACCCGCCGCCGCCGCCGGGAGCCGGAGUCAGUCGUGUUGCUCCGCCAUUGAAGGGUUUGAAGGAGGACGUUGAAGGGGAGGAUGAUUUGGGUAGGAGCAGCAGUGGAGAGCCGAAUAAGGAGGAGACCGACAUGGAUGCUUCUUGUUCCUCGUUGCCUUUUUCUAGUAUUGUAUUCUAUUGGAGGGAUUCUCGCUUUCGUUGCCUACUUCCAAUGGCUGUCGAGAGGGGAUGGGUUGGCUUGGAGGAUAAGAGGUCUCGCGAGGUGAUGGGGUCAGAGAGCGCGGCGUGGCUGUGUCUAGUGGAUGUCGUUCUCUUCCAGUAGGAUUGAAAAGAAUUUUUCAGGAUAGGCCAUGCGUUCUUAUAACUAACAUUGGGCCCGUUCUAUCUCUUCUCCUUCUCAUUUAUGGGCUCACCGGGCCUCGUUCCUUGUAAAAGUGGGUCAAGCCCUCACACCCAGUCCUGAUGGG